GUCAAAUGUCAGUGUCGUUGUUUGGGGUGUUGGAGUUUGGGUACGUUUUCUUCGAUUUUUCUUUUCCACUUUUAAAUGGAAAAUCCACAAUUUAAGCGCUAAAUGUGAUCUAAAAAACACAAAUCCAUUUUCCAGUGAUAUGAACUGGAUUGAAUAAUUGAUUAAAAAUGCCUCUUCCGAAAAGAGUGAUCGAGCCUGUUCACAUAACGAGAGGCACCUUGCCUGAUGACCUACCAUUGCCUUCUGAGCUUGAAGGGGUCACCAAUGGAACUUUGGCAAACACUGUCAGGCAGUUAUCGUCUUUGUCCAGGCACGCAGAAGAUCUUUUCGGUGAACUGGCCAGAGAUGCCCAACAAAUCAACGACAGAUCGAAUUCCCUACAGGCUAGAAUCGACCGACUUGCAGUCAAAGUCACCCAGCUAGACAGUACCGUGGAAGAAGUCAGUUUGCAGGAUAUACACAUGAGAAAAGCCUUCAAAAGCGCUACAGUUUUCGAUCAGCAGAUAUUUUCACGAGGCACCAUGCCUACUGCAAUGCUGGAAACUUACAAAUCUUGUGAUAGACCUCCGCCCCUGGACAAAUUGAAUUGCUACAGGGAUGACGGCAAAGAUGGUCUUAAAUUCUAUACAGAUCCCAACUAUUUCUUUGAGCUUUGGAGAGCUGAAAUGCUCAACGACACUGAAAGGGUUAUGCACGAUAAGGGCAAAAACAGGGGACAUAGGGCUAAUAGAGGUGCAGCAGAUGGCGCCCAAGGAGGCAACAGACACAAAAAACGCGUCCGGCAACCGCACAACACGCGAGAACGUCAAAAACAAAUCGCCACCGAACACGGCGAAUACAUCAUGCCCCAGAACACCAUCUACAGGACGCCCCAGCAAAUCAACCAGUACCCUCAACAGUACCAGCACGAAAUCGACGGUUACCUUCAGACUAAUGAACAACAAAGACCGGCCAGACCUAAUUCAAUUGAAAUACGCCGGUCUUAUCAGCAGCAAGAUGUUUCUGGGGAUUUGGGAAUUAACAAUUCACCUGCCGCAUUGUAUCAGAAUAAUAGUCAAAUGAUUAAUUAUGAGGAUGUUAAUAAUUCUUAUCAGCAUAAUAUGGGGGUUUAUGGUGGACAAGGACCUUUGAGUUCUGAGUCGUUAUAUUCUGCUGGAGGUACUCCAACGAGAUCAAAAUCGAGACCUAGCGUGCCACCCCCUGCGCCGCCCUCUAACCAAGGCACUCCGACUUCUGGCACUCCUACCAGAUUGCGUGCGCGAGAUCAAUUACCGCCGCCCCCACCGCCUCCGGAACCUACUUCGCCGCCUCCCAAUGGCCUACCUCUUCACAUGUUGCAGCAACGAAUGUCUGAAAGUCCUCACAGAUCGCCGAUGUCUACACCGGAACCGCCCCACAUGCAAGACCUCCCGCCGCCGCCUCCGGUGCCAGGGGACGUCAAACAAUCGCCACCUAAACAGCAAAUGAUCGCGACGCCGCCGCAAAUUGCCAGUCCGCCCCCGGCGGCUGUGGCGGCGCCACCUCCGCCUCCGCCGCCUCCAAUGCCUGUGCAUAGUGUGCACGCGCCACCUGGUAGCGUGCCUAUGGCGCCUGUCAUGAACGGCGAUUUGAUUAGGGCAUUGACUAGUCCGCCUAAGUUGACGCCUGUUAAAGAUAGAGUGCUGGCUAAACUUGGACCGCCUUUGGCUGAUCCUAGGAAUGAUUUGUUGAAGGCAAUCCGUGACGGUAUAAAGCUACGCAAAGUGGAAAAAAGCGAACAACGUCAAGAAGUAGACCGCGGAGUCAACGGAUUACACGAUGUUGCAAGUAUUUUGGCCCGCCGAGUCGCAGUAGAAUUUUCCGAUUCGGAUUCCGGUGGCAGCGACAGCGAGUGUGACUCUGAAGGCUGGGGUGAAAACGAAACGUCGGCGUGACACAACCACAGAAGGAAACCGUCCGACACUGCCUAAAAAAAGAAUCCAAAGAUCGCAAUAUUUUAGGUUGAUGGACCUCUAACCAUUUAAUUUUUAUUCCAGUUAUUUUGUAGCUUAAUGGGUAUAUGCCAAAUCUACAGUAUUAAAAUGAAAAAUGGCUUUAUUGUAAUCUUUUGUAUAUAAUUGUAUUUUUUUUUUUUGUACAGCUUUUUGUAUUAUUUGCUUGUAAAUUAACCCAAUUCUGUAUAAGGACUUAAAAGUGUCCCAUUAUUCCAA